UCGUAUACACUUGUAUGUUUCCUGUAUGCAUUACUUACCUUGGAUGAAGAGUUGGCUUUCCUGACAGAUGGCGCGAACUCUACCGGAAAUGACGUCAAAUAUUUGCUGGCAUGCAAAGGCGGAGCGAAUGGAUUAAAUGAAAAUAUGGGAUAGAUCAUGAAAACAUGGAUAUGUAGUGAAAGUUAUCAAAGUGAAAUUUUUGCGAUGCAAAUCUUUAAAUUUAGUGGAUGAAUUCUAAUGCUUAAAAUGGAUGGAAGUUACACGAGGGUGCUACUGGUUAGCGCAAAUGUCGGGUCUAUUUUUGAGGACCCAGAGCAUAUGUUGAAAUUGUGGCUAAGGGAGUUCUUAAAAUGUGUUGCUCAUUAUGAACCAGAAUUUGUGGCCCUGCACUGUCAGGAGGUGGGAGGAAAGAACUAUGAGGCCUCAAUGCAGCAUGUCAACCAGUUUGUCAAGGCCAUGUUAGGUUGUGAAGAACUUCAGAAGUACGACAGAGCUCGAGUGUUUCUAGAUGAGGAUUAUACUGCAGCAGACAAGUUUACAGCUUUGGGAAACCUGUACUUCAUUCAUGAAAGCCUUGAGGAUGUGUCAAUAUGGGAUUUUGUGGAGUGCAAGUUCAUUGCUGUGGAAGGAAGGGAGGUCUUGUCUGGAAAUAUAGAGAAUGUUCAAAUUAAAGAGAAGGCCAAAUUCCCACAAGACUUUUUCCCUGAGUUCAAAUGGUCAAGGAAAGGUUUUAUACGGACAAGAUGGAAUAUUAAAAAUUGUUUGUUUGACUUGGUAAACAUUCAUCUCUUCCAUGAUGCAUCAAACAUAGUGGCAAUGCAAAGAAGUCCCUCGGUGUACAGUGACAAUAGAAAGGCAGCAUUCCUACACACACUUCAAAGAUUUGAACAAGACCAGUAUGAUAAAGUUCCUAUGUUCAUAUUUGGAGAUUUUAAUUUCCGUCUUGACAUUAACCAACUUGUUCAGGAUUUAACAGCUAAAACCAAUUCACAACAAAUAAAGGGCAAGAAAGACCAAAUAGCCAAAAUUGUUUACACAGAAGAGGGAAAUGGCAAGGUUGUCUUGACCGUAGAAACUAAAGGCUUUGACCACCAUGACAAGCACUCAGAAGUUUUCUCAAAAAGGGCUAAGAGUUUACAUAGAUAUGAUGUUGAAAUGCAAUCCUACAAAGAAAAAGUGUCAGAAUUUGAAAUUUCCUUCCCUCCAAGCUAUCCUUUUUGUGAGGAUGUGAAUGAUGGGCUGUCCUACAUGAAAACCAGAUGCCCCUCAUGGUGUGACAGAAUACUGUUGUCCCACAGUGCCAAAAAUAUCAUUGUCAAUGAUGAAAAACACAAACCUAAGUAUGAUGUGAUAGGACGAGAGACCUGUAUGGGUGACCACAAACCUGUAUAUUUAUUCCUGAACCUCAAGCGGAGUCAAGGUAAAGAAAAUCUUUCCAAAUCCGACCUCAAACCUCCUCUGUGUAGUACCCUGUCCAUCAAUGGGGAAACGGUUAAAGUGGACAACAUUAAUGACAUAAAUAUUCAUGACUACUCCACAUUUGCUAAUGAGCAAGCACUCCUUCCAGAAUUUAAAAACUCUGUCCGGCUUAAACCUUCCCCACAAAAGCCCUCCAUUAACUUUCUAUCCGAUGGUUCUCCUGUUAAGAGACGAUCGUCAUUUGUAGAAAUUGCAAAGCAAGUUGUAAGUAUGGAAAAAGUAUUACUGCAUUGGCCCCGCCCUAGAACAAGGCCGAGGGCCAGACAUCAUAGCUCUUCUUCUGAAGACAUGAAUGACACAGAAACGGAAGAUGACUCUGAACACGUUAAGACUGUAAACUCAGACUCGGCUAGUACCAGUCAGUCCGAGCUGUCCCCCUCCGUCUCGCAAGAGACGAGCCCCAACAGACAUGUAACUGGUGGUGGCCCCCAUACAACUGCCGCUGUAGAGCAUGAUGAUGUUGUCUUGUCUGUUGUUUCUCCCAAUAAUUUGCAUGAGCAUGAUGGGUUUGUUAAGAAGGAACAACAAGGGUGCACAGUAGAUGAACCUAAUGAAAAUUCGGCAUUGAUGAAAAAUGGGGAAGGGAGAGAGAGAAAUGGAGUCGAGCAAUCCCAGAGGAAGACUGUGUCCGUGUUCUUGUGUCUUGUUAUGAUCCUCCUGUUGACCAGUGUUUGGUGUUCCCCAACCGUAUCGGCCCCAGAAUUACUACAGUUGCCGACAGCAACAGAGGUCAUUAUUCCAAGCACCCAGGUCAAAAUCUCCCAUGUGGACACAACCAAGUACAUUCACAUUCGUCAGCAGAAUGGCACGUCCACACGAGUAUUCAGAGAAACUUCUGUCUGACCAAAGUUAUACUUUUACCACCUCCGUGAUAUAUUAGAUUCUAUCCAUACCUCAUUUGUGUUAAUCAUCACCACUGAGGGUACCCGCCCUUUUAUCCAUAUCAGUUCUUCUAGUGACACAAUCGGCUAACUGUUCUAGUUUUAGAGUGUAUGUUAUUCAGCAAUCAUGUGAUUUAUCGCAGAAAACCGUAUUUUAUAAAUACAUGUACGUAGUUAUUGAUGGUGCAAAACCAUGCACCAAAUUUUUCUAUUGAUUGUUGUACUACAUAUAUAUAUGGAGUCCCAAAUCAGAUAGCAUUAUAAUUAUCUGUAUUGUGUUAUGUUUGUGCAUUGACGUAUCUAGCUUGUUUGUGCUAACUUUAUAUCUAGUUGUCUUUCUUAACUUAAUUACCAUGUAAAAAGGAUUAUGUUGGCAUUGAAAAAAAAUAUUGUGACCAUAUUUUGAAUUUCAUCUUUGGUGUACUGAAGUUGAAGGAUGGAUUUUGUGUAAUUUGUGAAAAGAUAUCAGUAUCAUCUUUUUAUUGGUUAUCAUAAAAUAGG